AUGCAGCAAGAACAUUUGAAUCCCAAGAUGGGGCAUCAAUACAACCAAGCAACCGAUGGACUUUUGAAUCUUUUCACAAAGGCUAAUCACGAUCUCUCUACAGUUCACCAUCGCCUUGAAAAGGAGUUUAUGCAGGUUUACCCUGACAAUGCUAACCCUAUGAAGCUGGUUUCUAGAAUCAAGAAGGUUCAGGAAGAUAUAGCAACCUUGAAGGGGCAGUGCCACGAGCUUCUGGCUGCCAAGCAGGAUUUGAUUGAUCAGGCUCAGAGAAUUCUGGUGCAGAACAGGAAUUUGGUGCAGCGAAUGCAACCAUCCUUGGGCUUCUACCCCACUGAUGAAGAUGAUGCUGCAUUCACUAACUUCAAACAGGUAAUUGAAGAAUGGACAGCUCAAGUAAGAUCCAAAACAGGUAAGGAGUUUAAAGGAUUUAUUAUCUUGACAGUUUUCCAUACAUUAAAUUUGACAACGGUUGAAUAUAGUGAAAAACUAGCAGCACAAUCUGAAUCUGUUAGGUGGUCUGGAGGAGUGGCUAGGGGUUGCAUGUGUGUUAAACAAAGGGGAAUGGAAUUGAAUAGACGUCAGUUGCUCAAGGCUUAUGAGGCCGUUGUUUUUUAUUCUUGGAAGGGACAGCGUGGCCUUGUUGUAGUGGAGCGACUGCAUUUAGCAUUACAGGAAGAGUGGUAG